AGACAGUGUUUUUGGCAAAUGGUAAUUCUUUGUUCUUAGUAGUAAUACUAACAGUAGAAGUAGCAGUUGUGCCUUUUCUAUCUGCAGAUUAACUGUCACUUACAUUGCUCUGAACAGAAACUUUCGCUCUAUUUCAUGUUUCUUUUCGUUUUUCUUGUUUUUCUAAUAGGGCAAUAAGGGAAAUAUCGUUGAUGAAAAGAAUAAGAAUGAUAUCACAAGCAAGGAAGAUGCAAUUAAGGCUUAUAAUAAGCAAUUCAAAAAGGAAACAGUCAAGAGAAAGGUUUCAAGACGAAUGAAAACGGAAUUUGCCUUCGGAGUUUACACAUUACUAGAAAUGGAUGAAGAAGACGAUUGGAAGAGGACGCUUGGGAAAAAAUACACGCCCCUUGGUAAGCUGAGUCAGGCGCAGAUCGAACGAGGACAACAGGCCCUUCGGGAGAUUCAAGACGUCAUAGGGAGCAAGAUUGAGAAGAAGGAGAUUGUGGACAAGCUAACAGAAUUGUCAUCUAAGUAUUAUACUUAUAUCCCGCACCCUUUCGCUCUCAACGAGAAACCGGAUUUGAUAAAUGAUCAGGCUGGGGUGGAUAAAGAGAAGGAAUUCUUGAGAGCCAUGCAGCAAACACAGGUGGAAAAUGAGAACCAAGCAGCAUCAGCGGAAGUUCAGUCUGAACCCGUGGCGCCUGAACCGGGUUCAAGCGAGACAGUCAAGGAGGAAAAAGAAGUGAGAGAACCAAAAAGGGCAAAGAAGGAUUGAAAAAGCACAACCUAAAGCCUUUCGAGUCGGUACAUUGACGUGGACUUUACAGUAGGAAAUAAAGGUCUGAAUGAGAAUGAAUGAGAAAUCCACGUCUUUCGAAACCGGGCAAGUACAUACAUUUCUGACGAAGGUGUAGUCGAAACCGGUAAAAUAAAUGCAUUUCUGACUACGGUAUGGUCGAAACUGGUAAGAUACUUACAUUUCUGACGAAGAUAUGGUCGGAACCGGUAAAAUACAUGCAUUUCUGACGAAGGUAUGGUCGGAACCGGACAAAUACAUCUCUUGCGACGCGAAGAUAUUCAUUCUCACUCAUACCUUUUGUCUACAUUUACCGCAAUGAACACAGGAGUCAUCUCCAGUGACUGCAUUAAGAUCAACGUCGUUCUGAUAAUGUUUAGGAAUUUGAUUUUUGUUUUGUUUAUUUAGGCGUUUGAGGUCACUUAUUGUAGCCAUCACGACUAUUGUACCAUUGAUUAUCGGUGUCUUUAAAUUGUGUAUGAUUUUGUUAAUUAAGUUAGUCUCUGUCUUUUAAGUUUUACAAUAUGUUUGGUUAACGAAGAACUUGUGUCAAGAGUCCCCAACAUGUUACUUCAGUUUAGAUAUCUGAUUUUUAUACAUAACAUAUAUUGACUGAAUUAGUGGAAUAUUAAUGAACUUAGUAAUAAUAUCUUUUUAUCAUUAUGUCAUGAUAAAAGGUAAUGCAUUGCUUGAUUUAGCUUAGUGUGUGAUAUAUCGAGUUGAUUAGCACUUUAUUGUUUUAACUAGCAUUUAAGGCUUACGCUGAAAUGAUGUAUUAUGCAAGCGUAUUUGUUAAUACUUAUUCUAUUUAAACCCAAUCUGAGAUUUUACUUUCGUUGUCAUUUAUGGGACUACUCGCUAGUUUGAGCCAUCAUCCAUAGUGGGUUUUUAGAGUUAAGUGUUUUUUUUUUUUCUUACGACGAUGUAUGUGAAAUGAAUGCACGCACACAAUCACAAAUGUGUGUGUGUGCGUGUAUUUUUAACAAGGAGGAUAUACUCUAUUCAUAUAUAUAGCAUAUGGCGCGUUAUAAAUGCACACACACACACACACACACACACACACAUAUAUAUAUAUAUAUAUACGAGUAUAUAUAUGAUUAUAUAUAUAUAGAUAUAGAUAUAAAUAAAUAUAUAUAUGUGUGUGUGUGUAUGUGUGUGUGUGAAUAUAUAAAUUUAUAUAUAUAGACAUGCAUAUAUAUAUAUAUAUAUAUAUAUAUAUAUAUAUAUAUAUAUAUAUAUAUAUAUAUAUAUAUAUACACACAUACAUAUAUAUUAAUAUAUACAUAUACAUGCAUACAUACAUAUACAUGCAUACAUACAUAUAUUUAUAUAUACACUUACAGGUGAGGGAGUUGCAUAUAUAUACAUAUAUACAGGGACACACUCCAGCUGCGCCGCACUGGACUAUAGUUAUCCCGGUGCCCGUUUUCUGUUUUUCCGCUUUCAGUUAUUUUGAGUUUUGCAUUAAUUCUUACCAAUUCAGCUUUUAUUGGAUAUAUCUAAUUUGUUUUCUACAUUUGUUUUACUGCAGAGGCUUAAUUUCCUUUCAUUGUAGAAUGAACUUAUGCGGUGUUGGAGACUGGCACGCCAUUUUCUGAACCGUAUUCAAGUUGAUAAUUUUUUUGGUGACGUCACGUGUCAGUGACAGCCCGCGAUCCAAAGCAAUAAAGAGUGUCAACUGGA